CGGACCCCGUUGUCUGCUUUAUUAUUUUUCCUUCGCUCUUUUUUGCCAGUGCGUGUGCGCAUGCGUGGCUGUGUGCUUACAACAUAAUUUUAAUUUAUAGCGUCAGCGGCAAGUACAGUUGAACCCGUCUGUCUGCGCCGAUGAGUCAGUAGUGCAGAGGAGUCUGGACGAAGGGGAACUUUGAACUUGGGCAGGCGUGGCCGGCGUAUAGAAACGAGAAUCAAAACAAAAGCUCAAAAAUAUACAAGAUCUUGGAAACUGGAAACGCGACGAGGCCUUUGAGUCGAGGAUCCUGUUUUAGACAAACAACAAACGACCAGGAACAACAUCACACAGACGAGCCGUCUGGGUUAAUAACCAUCUGUAAGGAUACCAGUUCCUUUUGUUUUUUGUUCCCCGGGAUGCCGCACACAGAUCACUGUGCUACAGUUUGUUCACCCAAGACAGCUGUGUUUCGUAUUUGCAAGGACACGAGUCAAAAUCCUGGUGGAAACUCAAUAGGGAGUACUCAAGAGUACUCAAUCCCCGAGGACAAUCAAUCAAGAGACCAGCAGAUCGAUCAUUUUGCUUAAAUUGGAUUAUUUUAAUUCUUAUCUAUCAAGCAAUCGCAAGAUGUUUCGCGUGUACAAGAAUCUAACAAUCUACCCCCAUCCAUUUAACGGCAUUAUUUCGCUCAGUGUGACCAUACAUAUCUCGACGAGUGUGCAGAGGGAAAAGGACGAGUGCGAGAGCCAGGACAACCCACUCAAGACCAGUUCCUACCUUCCUACCUUCCUACCUGGGGUGUCGCCUUACUUGAGUUGUCAGGACGGGUGUUACAUCGAGAAAAACCCAAUUCCAAUGGCAAUCCCCGUUCCAACAAAUGUUGCGGUCAUCUUCAGCGAAGUGUGACCUUAAUUAGCAGCCUGAUAUGUACAGAGAAUAUUCAGAAUCUCAAGGGGCCUCACCGCAGGACAUCGGGCGGCUUAAGCUGCUGCGAUCUGCCCUCCAGCAUUUUGCAAUCACUGGGAAUAUGGUUAGGAAAAUAAAAAACACCUAAUAUGUUUGUAAAUAUUUAAAUUUCUAAAUUACAGCUAUUUAAAACAACACUUUUACUGCCAGAUUUUAGUGGCUAUUUACAGACAUUAAAAUCGAAUAUGGAAAAACUUGAAUAAAUACACACAAAAUGUACCAACUAAUUGCUGCAAUAGUCUUCUGCACAUUUCUCGCAUAGA